UCAUAAUUGUCAAAUAUUGCGUAAUAAGAAUCACGAAUUUUAAAAUAACCCACUCAGCUUGUAAACAAAUUAACACAACUUUAAAGUAAGUUUCCAUAAUAUACACUCUAUUAUACUGUUAGUCAUAGAGGAAAAUUGUUUGAAUGUUGAAGCUCUUGUCUAGCAGAAUUUUUCAAAUCAAGAAUCCUGUGACCUGUCUUCCAAAAAAUAGUUGUUUUAAACAUUUUGCAAAAAUGGCUUCACCAAUUUCUCUAACUCUUCCAAGUGGACAAAAAAUGCCGGCAUUGGGCUUAGGAACGUGGGAAGCGAAAUCUGAUGAGGAAGUUGCAACUGCACUGAAUACAGCCUUAGAACAGGGCUAUCGUCACAUCGACACCGCUUUUGUGUAUGAAAAUGAACGCGCCAUCGGUGGUGUUUUACAGAAAUGGUUUUCUACUGGAAAACUGAACCGUGAGGAUUUGUUUAUUACCACCAAGCUUCCAAUGGUUGGAGUACAUCCGGAUCGAGUUGACAUGUUUAUUAAAAAGUCAUUGAAUAAUUUGCAACUGGAUUAUGUGGAUUUGUAUUUGAUUCAUUUCCCAGUUGGUUGCAAGUAUGAGGAAGGUUCAGUGAGACCAAUUAUUAACGAAAACGGGGAAAUUGAAACUGAAAAGAAAACUGAUCAUGUGGCUCUCUGGGCGAAAAUGGAAGAACAAGUGGACGCAGGCCGAGCCAAAAAUAUAGGCUUAUCAAAUUACAAUAUAUCUCAAAUUUCAACAGUUUUGCAGACUGCGCGCAUAAAACCUGCUAAUUUACAAGUGGAACUGCAUGUCUACUUACAACAACCGGAGCUUGUAGAUUUUUGCCAAAAAAAUGGAAUUACCGUUGUUGCCUACUCGCCUUUGGCUAAUCCAGGCUUCAAUAAAUUCUUAGAAAAGAUUGGGCAACAGCCCAAAGAGCUUCCCAACAUUUUAGGCGACGCAGUAAUUGCAAAACUUGCCGAAAAAUACUCAAAAACACCCGCGCAAAUUGCGUUGAGAUUCCUUAUUCAAAGAGGAGUUGCUGCCAUUCCAAAAAGCGUUACUCCGAAGAGGAUUCAGGAAAAUAUAAGUAUUUUUGACUUUGCUUUGGAUGACGAUGAAAUGAAUACUCUGAAGGGGUUAGAAGUUGGGGAGGUAGCGCGUGUGUGCGAUUUUAAAGUCUUCCCAGGACUUGAUAUACACCCGGACUUCCCAUUUGUUGCCGCCAAGUAAAUUAUACUAAAAUCUAUUGAAUAUUCCUACCUAUUAUUAUAACAGAGCUUCCUAUUUUUGUUAAAAUUGCUUCUCUAAAUUAAAUAUUGCAAAUAAA